GUCUUUUCGCUGCUCUUUUUCUCUUGCUGCUCCUCCAUUUUUCUCCUCCCCGCCGCCAAGUUUGGAACAGCCUCUAAGAAACACAAAUAACGCAGAGAAGACCAAUUCGCGUGCGAAGAAAGAGAAGAGAAUGUUGCGCCGUGCCGUCGUGAAGGCUGCGGCUCUGACGGUGCCGUGCCGUCAGUUCACCGUCAACGCCGAUGUUCGCGACUCCCUGACGAAGCCGCUGAGCUCGCUGAAGGAGGAAUGCAAGGGGCAGAACUUAGAUCUCGCGGACAUGGCAGACACCAUGAAGGGCGUCGCCUACAAGUUCCAGGAGGCGAGCAGGAAGGCAGCCAUCGAGGACAAGCAGUUCAAAGGGAAGACUGCUACUCUUUCUGCAUCGCUGAAGGCGUACAACACGCGCCUUGCCAAUUUGCAAAACGAGACCCGCUCCAUGCAAGCGGAGGUCGAUGCCCUGCUGAAGCUGCUGUGGGGGACGGAGCGGCCCGACGGCGCGCGCUUCACCACGCCGCCGCCCGAGACGAAGCGCACCGCGCCGGAAGACUUCGAGGUGGAGCCGCCGCCGCUUGCGAAGGCGCUCGGCGAGGAGGCCCCCACGCCGGACCCGGUUGAGCCGGCCACGCCAGCAGUGGAGCGGGUGGAGGGCGAGCGGGUCUCGGACCGCGUCAACCCCACUUCUGCCAGUAACACCGUGAAGGAGGAAGAAAUCGAAGUGGAGACGAUCGAAGUGGACGUCGAACCCCCCGCACAGGAGGACCCAGUUGAGACGAUGAAGGUGACGGACAUCACCAAGGAGCUCUACGAAAAGGGUGUGAACUUUUCCGACUGCAUGGAUGCCCGCUCGCUGCGGCAGCGUUACCGCGAUGUGCUCAGCGGUAAAAUCCCGACCAGCGCGAACGCGUCCACUGCGGCGUCGCGCUGUUCUUCUUCCUCCGCCGCGGCCGGGUACACGGCGCCGCUCACGGAGAACACGUCGCAGCCGCGCAUGCCGCAGCGAUCCACGCAGCAACAGUACCAACAGCCCCCGCCGAACAACAACCCCGGCAAUGGCCUCGCCUACGAUCCGUACCCGAACGCACACCGCAAGAUGAUCGACCCCAUGAAGUACGUACGGGAGGUCAAACAGGAGCUGGCGCUGGAGAAGGGCAUCGAUGCCAACUCGGUGGAUUUGUGGAGUGGAAAGGUGCGGCUGGACGACAACAAGCGCCUGUACGACUACCCGUCUAUCCAGAGCUACCCCAUCGAGGUGCGCCAGAAGGGUGACAUCCCGUCAUAG